AUGAUGUCGCCAGACGCCCGGGCCCUGGAGGACCUGCUCUUCGGCCGUGACCUUGGAGACGAGGCGGAGGGGUCGGAGCCGGGCGGCGGCCCAGCGGGGGGGGAGGAGAGUGCUGCUGCUGACGAUACUCCGACAGCGGUUUCCAUCCAGGAGCCAAUGACGUGCUCCGGCUGUGGCGAGCAGGUGUGCGACCGCUUCUUCCUAUUGGCUGCGAGCCGGGUGUGGCACGGCACCUGCCUCCGCUGCAGCCAGUGUCAGUGCGAGCUGCAGACACACCCCUCGCUGUACUGGAGAGACGGGGACAUCUACUGCCAGCAGGACUACAGCAGGAGGUUUGGCGGCGGUCAGUGUGCUCGCUGCUUCCAGCCAAUCCCAGCGUCCGCCCUGGUCAUGAGGUCUGGGGAGCUGACCUUCCACCCUCAGUGCUUCUCCUGCCAGGAGUGUGAUGUCACACUGAUGCCAGGCAACCUGUACUGUGUCCAGGGCCAGAGCCUCUACUGUCAAUCACACUAUCAGGGGGACGGGACGGGGGCCAUGUCCCACAAUGCUCGGCUCAGACCUCCUCUGAAAGACGGUGAGGGGGAGGAGUCUGUCAGCAGUUCAGAGCCCCGGUUGGACGACAGGGUGUCAGGUGGACGCUCUCGCCGGCGGACCAAGCGAAUCAGGACGUGUUUCCGCAGCGAGCAGCUCCGAGCCCUGGAGUCCUAUUUUGCUCAGAAGCACAACCCUGACGGAAAAGACUGGACGUGUCUCGCACACAAGACGGGCCUCCCCAAGAGAGUCCUGCAGGUGUGGUUUCAAAACGCUCGGGCCAAGCUGCGGCGCUCUCUGACCUCGGACGACUCUCAGGUCAACUCACCCUCCGCCCCCCCGAGAGCAGCCGUCUCCGUAGUGACCAGCUCGCCCCCCCCCCAAGCCUGCUCCCCACUCGACCAAUCAAGGCCCUUCCUCCCCAGCACCAUCGACCAGCUGCAGCUGUCUCUCCUCACCGCCCCCCUCUGCGGCCUACCGCCGAGCCCGACUGCCGAUCAGACUCGCCCGCUGCAAAACCCCGCCUUCUUCCUGGACUACGAUUCCCAGAGUGCACUGGGGUGUGUCUCAUCUCUGGAGGCCUGCGAGGACUUUGCGGAGGCGGGAGGAGGAGCCGGAGAUCCCGAUCAUUCUUUCAGUCGCCACUACUGA